UAACGGUUCGUCUAGACUCUAGAGGGACGUCAAGGAUAAGAAAACACGGGUGAGCGAGGGUGUGCAGAGAUUUCGGCUCACUCGUCGCGGUCGCGCUUCGUUUUCGUAUACACACGCACACAACGUACUCUCUCUUCACUGGGUGAAUAUUCAUUCCGCAGGGACAGCAUGCUUGGCAUGAUGGUUCCUCUCCGCGCUCUGGCCGUAGCCGCGUUGCUACGAGCGACUGCCGCUAUCAAGAUCGUGGAGGACGGGGACAGGGACGGGCCCGAGGUCAUUACAGGGGAGACCGCUGCCGUGUGGCGCAAGAUCAUGGAGACCAGCGCCAACGCAAUGCAGCACCAACGAAAUGCAGAGGAGGCGGCGAAAACUGCCGCGGAGGCCAGGGCGGUCGACGAUGCGGCAUGGGACGCAGCAGCGGCAAAGGCUGCAGCGGAUGCCAGGGCCGCAGAGAAGGCGGCGAAAGCUUUUGCGGAGGCCGAGGCUACCGAGAAGACUGCCGCGGAGGCGAAGGCGGCAGAGGAGGCGGCGAAGGCUGCCGCGGAAGCCAAGGCUGCAGACGAGGCCGCCAAUGUUGCUUCGGAGGCCAGUGCCGCGGAACAGGCAGCGAAAGUUGCGGAGGAGGCCAAGUCUGCAGAGGAGGCGGCUAAGGCUACCGCACAGGCCGAGGCGGCGGAGGAGGCGGCGAAUAAUGCCGCAGCGGCAAAGUCUGUAGCAGAUCCCAGGACCGCAGACGAAAAGGCGAAGUCUUUCGCAGAGGCCGAGGCUGCAGAGAAGGCUGCCGCGGCGGCCAAGGCGGCAGAAGAGGCGGCGACGGCCGCCGCAGAGGCCGAGGUUGCCAUGGAGGUGGCAAGGAAGGCCGCAACUGCCAAGGCUGCAGCGGCGGCCAAGGCCGCAGAGGCGGCCGCGGAGGCUCUCGCGGAGGCCAAGGCUGCCGAGGUGGUUGCCGCGGAGGCCAGAGCUGCAGAGGAGACGAGGACGAAGGCUAUCGCGGCUACCACGGCUGAUGACGAGGUCGCCAGGGUUGCUUCAGAGGCCAGGGCCGCCGAACAGGCUGCGGAAGCUGCCGAAGAGGAUGAGGUGGCGAAGGCUGCAGCGCCGCAAGCACAGACCAGAGCUGCAGAGGAGGCCGCGAAGGCCGCAGCGCCACCAGCGCCAGCGUCUAUCACGGAGGACCGCCAUGAUAAGGGGCGACCACAACCUUCUCCUCCGCCGACGGCGCCCCCGACGCUGGAGCCGACGCAGGAGCCCACACCGGAGCCAACAUUCAAAUUUGAGGCUCCAGGAAUCCCUUGCUCGUGUCACGUGCCAGAAUGCUUUAAGACGUACGACCACAACGGGGAUGGUUGCCUCACCCAAGACGAGUGUGACUUGCAGAUGCCCAUCUUGGAAUACUGUUUCAUGGUACCCGCAACCUGCGGGCCAGAGAAGUGGGACUUGGAUGAUGACGCUUGCAUCAACCUGACCGAGUUCGAAAUGGUUUACGAGGUUAACCAAUCAGUCUGCCCGACGGAGGUUCCCGAGCCGUGCGACGAGUGCCCUCAGGGCAAGUACAUCGUCCCGAACCCCUGCGAGUGCGUAGACUGCGUUGGCGAAACGCGAAGGCGCCGCUCCAUAGAGUGUACUCCCUGCCCAGCUCCCUUCGUGCCCUGCCAGGACCCCGACGCAGACGAUUGCUGCGAUCCUUACAUCCCGGGUGCAUCAAACGUUCCAAACGGAAGCACCUCGAUUCCCGUGCAUGUCGCGUAUCAAACAUGUACUGAGUUCUCAUUGGGCGACAGUAUCACCAUCUCUGGAAGGUUAUCGAGCGACCCGUCUACAACCGUCACGCACUCAACAGUCGUCAUUGGGAUCUCUCAGAUUACUGGGGGAUACGAACUCGAUCUCAACGACCCGCUCCCUGGAAACUUUCAAUAUGACACGACAGUUCAGCAGGCGUGCACAUCCACUGACGGGACUCAGGUGAGCGGCUCAUUCUCUCCCUUCGCUGGUGGUUGUUGCUGCGCAUGCGGCACUGAUUGCUGCGAGACCACCGAGGUGUGCACUCUUUACCCCAACGGCACUGGUGAGUGCUCCAAUGCUGGCCCGUACCCCGAAUUCUCGACUCCAGCCCCGACCGUCGGGGCCAAGGGUGACCCGCACUUGGUCAACCUUCAAGGAGAGCACUUCGACAUCAACCACGAAGGCACGUUCACACUUCUCCGUUUCCCGCAGGCUGUCGAGAAGGCGGCCGAGUUUUCCUUCCAAGCAGUCGUCCAGCCGGACGUGGGGAAGCCGUGCACCACGUACAUUACGCACGUGGAGCUAUCGGGCGCUUGGCUCGGCGGUAAGUCCAUGGAGAUUCGCUGCUACCGCAAGUCCCAUUCGAAUGACACCGACGCGUUCCUCGGUGCCCGGCUGCUCGAGGGCAAGGGCGAUUCCCCCUGGCAGACCAUUGAGGAAUUCGAGACGAAGGACCUUGUGCUCUCCGACUCGGAAUCGGGCAUCGAGGUUUCGCUAGACAAGGCGACCUGGUUCCCCAAGAAGCGCUCAAAGACGGGGCCGACUGCGGCUGGUAUGUUCACCCUCUAUCUGCGCAACAAAAGGAGCCCGACUGGCGCCAAGAUCACCAUGCGCCAGGACUUACCCGAGCAGGAGCACCUUAACGUGGCUGUGCGGCAGUUAUCCCAGCUUGGCCGCGUGGACGUCGGCGGCCUACUCGGCUUCGACGCACACCCAGAGAGCCUGGAGCGCCCCUCUGCCGCGUGCGUCCAUCACAGGGCCACGGCGCGCUACCGCAUCGAGAGCCAGGACUACGCGGACCACGGCUACUAUUUCCGGCCCGCGUGGAAGGACCGUUGGGACAAGAUUCGUACUGGGGGUCGCUCGCGGGACAACGAGGCGGCCGCCAGCUUCAUGGGCAGAUUCGACGGCAAGAGCGGCCUGGAGAAUAAGGUGUGCAAGUGCCCGAGCGAUCCGCACGGCAGUGCCGCUGGCAGCAUCGAAGGAGUACUCGUCGAGGAGGCGAGCUUCAUGUUCGCCAAGGCGUCUUGGGAGUAGGCUGGGAGUAGGCUCGCACCGCUGAGCCGCGUCGCACCGGUAUGGACGUGCGCUGCCGACGGCAACCUUAUUCCCUGCCUCAUUCCCCAGCGCUCUUGUCGGCCGUUCCCGUCCUCCUCGCCGCCGACGACGGCGAGAAAGGGGCUCGUCCCAGGUUUCCCUCUGAUGCGCGUCUGCUCUGCUGGUCUCGCAGUGCUUCAUGGAUUCACCGACUGGUCGAACGUUUGCUCCUCAUUUUGGUGGCGCGGUUUCUUCUUCCACGGCUCACCUUCUGGCAGCCGUGGGAUCUAUAGCGUCUCGUUGCACGCCCUCUUUCUUCCUUGCUCGGCGGCCCACCGGACCUCCGUGCACUCUUGCCCCCAGCGCUUGGAACAAAAAGAGAGCAGGCCCCCCAGAUUGGCCCAAGAGUGCCCCAAGAUGCCCGAUGGCUUUCAACGACCCCAUUGUCUUCUUUUAAUGCAG